AAGAGUAAUUCGAAUAAAUCAUCUUCUGGAAAAAAGUCCAAAUUACGUAAAGCAAAAAAAGACACAUCUACUCCAGUUGGAGAAACUUAAAUCUGAGAACAAAAACUUAACUACUCCAGAUUUCACGAAUUAUAGAAAACCAGCCUCAGAAAUACCUGAGUCAGAGGAAGAAGAAACUUUAGAUAAUCCUAUAGAAAUAGACUUUGUUAAAAAGAAGGAACCUAUAACAAGUAUUGCAACUAUAUCAGUUAAAAUCAAAUAUUUAAAAAUUCCAGCAAUGGUCCUUGAUAUAAAGUAUGAUCUUAGUAGUUUUGCUACUGUUUCAACAGAAUCUAUCAGUGUCACUCAUAAUUUCCCAAUAACAUUACUUCCAGGUUUUACUAUAAAUGAAGAUUUUGCAGUUAAAUAUAAAUGUGCCGUAGACUGGGGUAAUAAUAAAAUAAAGAUUCAUUAUAAUGGAGAAGAUUUUAUUAUUCCGGAAGUUGAUAGUGAUGAGGAUGACAAUGUAUCAUUAGAAGAGUACAAAACAAGCACCAAAAGUGCUAAAAAAAAAUGCAUGAGUUAUGAUGAGUUAGAAAAAUCGAUAUAUACUACUCUCAAGUCUAAAGCUGAAAUAAAUGAUCUUUGUGAAAAGUUGCAAAUGUGUUAUGAAAAGCUACUUGAACAUAUCUCUACCAGAGAUAAUAUUAUAGAUUAA